AUGGGACUCUUGGAAGACGAUUCUCACUGGGAAAAUACAUUAUCAGAAGCAGCUAUUUGCAGUUCCGCUACAUCAUUAAGAUAUUUAUUUGCCAUCAUAGUUGCGUUUUGUCAAGUAACUGAUUCUGUUAGUCUAUGGAAUAAAUUUAGAGAAAAUAUGGCCAGUGAUAUUCUGAUUCGGCAACGGCGAGAAUUAGUUUCAGAUGAUUUACAAUAUGACCAAAACAUAUUUGAUGAAGCAUUAUUUGAAUUGAACAAAGUAGUGCAACUACUGACGAGUAAAUCGAUCAAUGAUUUUGGACUGCCGAUGCCAGCUAAUAUUAACUCAGAUUUAACGAAUAAUGCCGAAUACACAAGAGAAACAUCAUACGAUCAAUCGAAACUUUUACAAAAUAUAGCCCAAGAUGAGCCACGAUUGAACAUCGAUCAGAAAAAAGUAUUUACUACAUUACUAUCAUCAAUUGAUAACAAUGAAGGAAAAAUAUUUUUUCUUGAUGCCCCAGGAGGUACAGGUAAAACAUUUUUAAUUAAUUUGCUUUUAACAAAAGUCAGAUCCACCGGAAAAAUUGCAUUAGCUGUCGCGUCAUCCGGCAUUGCUGCUACGCUUUUAGAAGGAGGCCGAACUGCACACUCUACAUUCAAGCUCCCGCUGAAAAUCGCUACCGAUGAUAAUAAAAGCGUCUGUAGUAUUUCUAAACAGAGCAAUACAGGAAAAUUGAUCCGUGACUGCUCAUUAAUAGUCUGGGAUGAAGCCACCAUGUCAAACAAGACAUCUGUGGAAGCACUGGAUAGGACAAUGCGCGAUUUGCGCAGUAAAAAUGCACCUAUGGGUGGAUGUACAAUUCUGUUCUCUGGAGACUUUCGUCAAAUCCUACCGGUUGUCCCUAGAGGAACACGUGCGGACGAAAUAAAUGCUUCCCUAAAAAGAUCCAACCUUUGGCCAUACGUUAAUAAGUUAGAGCUUAAAACUAACAUGAGGCUUUCAUUAUCUUCACGUGAGAACAGGCUUUUUUCAGAGAUGCUGCUAAAAGUUGGCAAUGGAAAGUUAACUCAAAGUGAUGGAAGGAUUAACCUAGAUAACCUUUGUGUUUUGAUAGACAACAUCCAAGAUUUGGUCAACAAUGUCUAUCCUGACAUUCAUAACAUAAGUUGUAAGACUCUAUCUUGGUUCAAAGAAAGAGCCAUCCUGUCACCAACCAACGAACAAGUAGAUAAGGCAAACAACUUGAUUCUUGCAAAAAUUGAUACGCAGACGCAAAUAUACUACUCGGUCGAUACUGUUCUCGACUCGGAAGAAGCUGUACAUUUUCCUACAGAAUUUCUUAAUUCUUUGAACCCUUCUGGACUCCCUCCUCAUAAAAUGGAAUUGAAAGUAGGUUGUCCUGUAAUUUUAUUAAGAAAUCUGAAUCCUCCUAAGCUCUGCAAUGGCACACGUUUGCUGGUAAAAUCACUAAAAAAAUUCAUAAUAGAGUGCACAAUACUCACCGGAUGUGGUACCGGAGAAGAUGUACUAAUUCCCCGAAUUCCUCUGAUACCAUCAGAUUUACCGUUCCAAUUUAAACGCCUACAAUUUCCGGUAAAGAUAUCUUUUGCAAUGACCAUUAAUAAAUCGCAGGGUCAAACUUUUAACGUUGCAGGAUUAGACUUGAGUGUUGAGUGUUUUUCACAUGGCCAAUUAUAUGUCGCGCUGUCAAGAGUAACGUCUAAGCAAAACAUGUUUGUAUUGGCUAAUGACAAAAAAGCUGUGAACGUUGUGUAUAAGGACAUUCUGUAG